UUAGAUGUGGCCGAAGAUAACUGGCGUUGUAGUACACUCUGUGCAGACAGUUCAAGUUAGGAUCAUAGAGCAGCCAGAAGCCGAGUAUGCUUAGAUAGCAUAGACUGGAACAGUUUCUCGACAUGGCACCGAAAUCUUUGUCUGUAAAGUUGGCAAACUUAGAGGAGAGUGAUUUGAAAGAGUCUACCUGCAUUUGCAGGAGACAGUGCAACAAUUGUAAGAUAUUUUUGGGAUUUUUCGUUUUAUCCCUUUCCUUGCAUUUCAUCACACUGUUCUGUUAUUUGGACCUGAGAUCCGAGGUACAACGAGAGAUUCUCCAGAAAAACAGAGACGAGUCUCAGACGGCCGGCACCAGCGAUAUGAAUGAGAAGCACGCGCCUGGCUUCCAACUGCUGGAAGUCAGCUACCCAAUUGACCUUCAGGCCUUGUCGCUCAUGGCCGAGGAGGAAAACACUCACCUAAAACAGGACAGCCAACAUGUCGUCCUUCGCUCCAAAAGGAGUCAAAAGCGACCAGAAUCAGAGUCAAACGGAAGACGGAAAGAAAAGAAAAAAGGUAAGAAGGGCCCUCCUGGUGCCCCAGGGCCCCCGGGGCCCCCAGGGCCCCAAGGCCCCCCUGGCAUCCCUGGGAUCCCCGGCAUCCCUGGGAGCAACGCCAUGGGCCCCUCCGGUCCCCCAGGACCCCCCGGCCCGGCCGGCCCCCCAGGGCCACAGGGCCCCCCUGGCCCUCAAGGACCUGCAGGAGGCGUGGACAAGGUCAGACUGAGAGACAGUCAGCCGGCCGUGGUUCAUCUUCAAGGCCAGGAGACGACCAUACAGGUCAAGGAAGAUCUUUCAGAAGGCGUGUUAAGAAACUGGAAAAUGAUCUCCAUUCACCACAAGGUGUUCAAGAUGCACUCCCGUUCAGGAGAGCUGGAGGUUCUGGUUGAUGGAACCUACUUCAUCUAUAGUCAGGUAGAAGUUUACUACCUUAACUUCACUGACAUCGCGAGCUACGAGGUGAUGGUGGACAAGACUCCGUUCCUGCGCUGCACAAGAAGCAUCGAGACGGGACAACGCAAGUUCAACACCUGCUACACGGCGGGGGUGUGUCUACUGCGCGCGCGCCAGAAGAUCUCCAUCCGUAUGGUGUACGAGGACACCUCCAUCAGCAUGACCAAUCACACCACCUUCCUGGGAAGCAUCCGCCUAGGGGAGGCCCCUCCAGCCAAUCACUCGUGAGCAGGAAGUCACACACGCCUCCAGGCCACACCCACCCUGGAGUAAACCAUUACUUUGUUCUCUCUGGGGGGGAAACGCUUCGUACAGUUGGAGUCUGUCUGUGGUGAUGGUGGACUGCAAACGUACCUUAUACAUCCACGAUGAGAGGCGUCCUUGCUCUUGAUGUUUUUAAUAAAAUUUGUCUGUUUGUCUCGACUUUUAGAUGAGCGAGGAGAUGGAAAGCAAGGUUGAUAAAAACCUCAUGUCAUGUUUCCAUUCCAAGUUCUUCUUUUUUUUGUGUCUGUGAGUGUAGAAUGCUUGUAUUUUCACACAAAACUGUAUUUGUGGUCCUGAAUGUGAUUGGUUCACGUAUGCCAUUAUGAAAACAUGCACACAUAAUUAUUAGCUUUUGAAUUUAUUGAGGAAAAUACAAUAAAGAUUGUGCUUUUCUGUGAUUAAAAUAACACACAUUAUGUUCAAGCACAAGAGAUUCACAGAUAAAAUGUGCACUGAUUGAAGCAAAUUAUGGAUUUUUCUUUCUCUCUCUCAAUCUUUCUUGUAAGGUCAGUAUGAAUGUUUUAGUGUUUGAUAAUUGAAAUGAAGUUGCUUGCCAAGACUGAAUCUCCUGAAUUCCAUGAUAAUAUUUCUUUGUCUGCUCUCAAUAACACAAACGAUGCAAUUUCUGUGUUACUUUUGCCACCCAGUUUCUCUCUGAAUUUAGUAUUUUUCUUGCUGUAGUUCUUUGGAUUGUUUGAAAGUGACUAAUUUACUUGUCAUUCUGUUUGAGCCAAACCAGCCAUGUCUUUUUUCCUGAAAGGUAGAAUGUGUUUCUAUUUUUUCAACGCGUUUCUCAAAACAGUUUUUUUUUUGCAUACAUAGGCAGCUUGAAGCUUUUGUAAAUAUCACACAGUCAGAAUGUUUCUUACCAUACUCUGUCUCAUGAUCAUGUUUCUAUGUGAAAGGACACAAUAGUCUUUAAAAUAGCAUUUAUGGGCACAUAUUAUGCUUCCAAGUAGGCUACAGUUUAUGGUUCUUUAUGAAUAUCCUCUGCACUGUGCAUAUACUGUAAGUGUUACAGGUCCAUCUCUAUGCAAUCAGCCCUCUAGAACGUAUGUGGGUAUUACAGUAUCAGAAUCUAGUCCAGUUGUUUUGAAUUAUUUCAUUCCGUGAAACAAAGUUAAGAAAGGAAUCAACAUUAGAAUUAUAACAUUCGAAACAUUUUCUUUUGCUGGCCAUAUUCAAGCCCCCUCACCCGCCCCUUGCCUCUCAGUCAAAAGCAAGUUAGCAGUCCAUCAAUGAGAAUCAAAAAUCUGGCUGUUUAGAUUCUGUAAGAUCCGAGUCCUUGCCAUAAUACCUUGAAUUGUUGCCAUGUGUUUUACUGAUGUGGUUGAUGUGUCCCGUUGUUCAUGUAGAAUUAUUAUGGGACGUCUGCCUCAUGAAGUUAAGUUCUUAGAGUAGCUUACUAAAGAUGAGACAAGAUGAAAAUGAUGAAAAUGAAUAAUGAAUUUGAACACAACCCAAAAUGGUCGUUUCUCAGAAUCUAACCUGUUCAGAUGAUGAGUAGGAAUAUAUUGUGUAACUCAUUAUUCUGAUUGUUUGUAGGUAAAUAGGGUAUAUUUUCCCUGACUUUGUUGAAUAUAAUGUACAUUUGUAUACUCUGUUGUGAUUGUACAUAUGUAUAUAAAAUAGAAUUUCAGUUUUUGUAAAUUUAAUUGAUUUAUAAUAUUAAACUGUUUUAACACUAGCACAUCUAUGCUAUGGGA